AUGGCACCGGUCCUAUAUCAAUGCACGGUUUGUUUAAAUCAUUAUAAAAUAAAACCGGACGGUAAACUAUAUCGACAUGGAGGCAAAGUAAAGGGCCAGGAAUGCCCUGGUUCGUUCAAGGCAGCCGACCAGCCUCCGGCUGGUUCAUCUGCUUCCGCGCGACCGCCUCUUACCGCCGCACCUGUCAUCAACCCUCAUGUUGCUACACGCGGUUCUUCGGCGUCGGUCUCGGAGAGUCCCUCCCAAGUAGAUUUUUUUCAUGUUUUUGACAGGCUGACGGUCGUUUUGAGAACUGCCCAUCUGUAUGAUCACUUUCCCAAACCGUGCAGAGACAAGGUAUCUAAAGCAUUGUCGGCUUUAUUGACGGCCGUUUGCGAUGAUCCUGCGACGCGGCCCAUUGGUGCAGGCUCCAAUAUUUUUUCGCAUUUGUUUUGUUCAAGCCCACCAGGGGCGGUCGCAGGACUAUUCAAGCCAAUUACGUUAUUAAACGGUUGGCCGAAUUCAGUUCGACCGAGGUCGAGAUUAUUGUGGCAAGCUUCAACACUGUCCACAACACCAAACCGCGUAAGCACAAUCCAAACAGAACCGUCGGGCAUUGCGGUGCACGACGGUAAGCGCCCUGACGGGUGUACCUUGAUUCCUUGGAGAGCCGGCAAAUGCUUGGCGUGGGACGUUACCGUUCCGGGCACCUUUGCUGAGCGCUACGUGCAGCUUACUAGCAAAGAAAGCGGUUUGGCUGCAACCAGGGCAUCUGACGAGAAGAUCAAGAAGUACGACGGAGCUCUCCCCUCGAUGGAGUUUUUACCGAUUUGUAUCGAGGUCCUCGGCCCCAUGGACCGUAACACCUCCGGGUUUUUCAAUCGGAUUUGUAAACAUAUUACUAUUAGGUCAGGCGAUAGUAAGGAAUAUUUUUUCGCUAUGAAUAAUAUCUCGUGCAUUCUGCAGCGGUUUUUGCGCGUCUGUGUGUUGGAAAAUGUGGAGUUGAAUGCCGACGGGGUUGAGUGA